AUGCAACCUCUUCAACUGUUUCUAGUUUUUAUGACCUCAUCGUUGUUAGAUUCAACGUGGGCUGCCUCCGGAAGAACUCGGCGAGGAUUGAGGGAACUGUUCAACGUAACUUCGGACAACAAUUUGGCCCAACUGAUGGACAUCGUGAUUGGACUGGUAAAGAAUGAGGACGCUAGGAUUCACUGCAAAGAAACGAUUAUACCAGAGAAGGAGGUUACCAUUUUGUGCGGUCACAAAGACUCUCGAAAUUUUCAGGAAAUUGUCCUGGACGAUCCCGAUCUCCAGGGGAAGAUUAAUUUGACGAAGCCCAUAUUUUUCGUGAUUCAUGGCUGGACGGAUAACGGAACCAAGCUUUGGGAGCAGGGAAUCGCUGAUAAUGUGGUUCAGUUCAUGGAUCAGAACGCAUGUGUCGUUAGCUGGGCUCGUUUGGCGGACUAUGAGUACACAGUUUCGGCUAUCAAACAUGUGCCGAUUGUGGCUGAAUAUCUGACAAAAUUCGUUCGCUUUAUAAAUCGCAACGGGAUUCCUCUGUCCAGUUUCACCCUGGCAGGGCACAGUUUGGGAGCUCACAUCAGUGGUCAGAUUGGACGCAGCCUCAACGGGCAUCUAGGAGCAAUCUACGGGAUGGAUCCUGCCCAAGCCCUCUUCACGGCACCGUUCGAUCGAGGUUUUCCCCUUAGGCUAGACAGAAGUGAUGCCAAAUAUGUCCAAAUGAUCAUCACCUCCCGGGGUCAGGCUGGAGUCUUGAACGGUGAUGGGCACGAGAACUUCUACCCAAACGGUGGCACUCUACCGCAGCCGAACUGCUUAGCGCCGUUGAGCAGUGAUGCCGAAUUUGCCGAUCAGCUGCUGUGCAGUCAUCUGCACUCGACUUUGCUGUUCCGAAAUUCGAUCGAUCCCAAAAUUGUGUUUAUGGCGCGCCAGUGCAGUGAUUGGAUGAUGUACCUGGCCAAGAAGUGUGACAUAAAUAAAUCGAACAAAAUGGGGCCGUACAGUAGCCGGAUUGGAGGGGACUUUUAUCUGCGAACGUCGGCUGUGGCACCCUUCAAUGUCUGAGUGUCACAAGGUGCUCAUAUUGAGCUGAACAUUAAACAAUGAUUUAACAAUAUA